AUGCAGCCGUGUUGUGAGCGGGUGAUGGUCCGCAGCAUGCCUGACAAGAUGGAGCAGAUCUGUGGGAGAACCCGCCUCAAGCUGAGCACCAGGAGCGCCACGUCAUCCCAGAGCACCAGUACCAAACAUACCGCAACCUCUGCAACAUCUUCCCCGGGCUUUCGUGGUGCACUCUUGUCAUGGAGGAAAAACCCUCAUCUAUUGGACCCACAACAACUUCGCUGCCGUCAUUGUCACGAAGCUGAGGUCUUGCCAUUAA